GAUAAACAAGUGGAUGUGUCAUAUAUUGCCAAACAUUACAACAUGAGCAAAAGCAAAGUUGACAACCAAUUCUACAGUGUGGAAGUGGGAGACUCAACCUUCACAGUUCUCAAGCGCUACCAGAAUUUAAAGCCUAUUGGCUCUGGGGCUCAGGGAAUAGUUUGUGCUGCGUAUGAUGCCGUUCUUGACAGAAAUGUGGCCAUUAAGAAGCUCAGCAGACCCUUUCAGAACCAAACGCAUGCCAAGAGAGCUUACCGGGAGCUAGUCCUCAUGAAGUGUGUGAACCAUAAAAACAUUAUUAGUUUAUUAAAUGUCUUCACACCCCAGAAAACACUGGAGGAGUUCCAGGAUGUUUACUUAGUAAUGGAACUGAUGGAUGCCAACUUGUGUCAGGUGAUUCAGAUGGAAUUAGACCAUGAGCGAAUGUCUUACCUGCUAUACCAAAUGUUGUGUGGCAUCAAGCACCUCCACUCUGCUGGAAUUAUUCACAGGGAUUUAAAACCAAGUAACAUUGUAGUCAAGUCUGAUUGUACAUUGAAAAUCCUCGACUUUGGACUCGCCAGGACGGCAGGCACAAGUUUCAUGAUGACUCCUUAUGUGGUUACCCGUUAUUAUAGAGCCCCUGAGGUUAUUCUGGGAAUGGGCUACAAGGAGAACGUGGAUAUAUGGUCUGUGGGAUGCAUUAUGGGAGAAAUGGUUCGCCACAAAAUCCUCUUUCCAGGAAGGGACUAUAUUGACCAGUGGAACAAGGUGAUUGAGCAAUUAGGAACGCCAUGCCCAGAAUUCAUGAAGAAAUUGCAACCCACAGUAAGAAACUAUGUGGAGAAUCGGCCCAAGUAUGCAGGACUCACCUUCCCCAAGCUCUUUCCAGAUUCCCUCUUCCCAGCGGACUCCGAGCACAAUAAACUCAAAGGUAUGUCCACCAGGGACAAUUUCAGAACCACCGUGUGGGUGAUGGUCUAAAGAAGCAAAUGAUAGAGACGCCUCUCUUUAACUACCUCAAUUUAAGGAAUAUUUAUUUAAGCUUGUUUAUUUAUUUUGAGAGAGUGCGUGCGUGCGCGUGAGAGAAAACAAGUGGGGGAGGGGCAGAGAGAGAGAGAGAGAGAGAGAGAGAGUCUCAAGCAGGCUCUGUGUGGUCAGCAUGGAGACUGACAUAGGGCUGGUACUCAUGAAUGGUGAGAUCAUGACCUAAGCAGAAAUCAAGAGUCUGUUGCUUAACCAACUGAGCCAGGUGCCCCAUAAAUUUAAAGAGUAUUUUUAGAAGACCUUUUUUAAAAAAAAUUAAUUAAAAGAAAAAAAAUAUUAUUAAGGGCAUGUGGCCAAGGAUUUUAGAAUUGUGUAGAUAUUCAGAGGGUAAGAUAGUUAUAAAGGAUGUGACAGUGGUAUGGGUUAAUUAUGUCAUGAGGCUUAUUUAAAAUCUUAAAAUUCUUUUGCAGUGUAACUCUAAAAGACCAAAGUGAUAUACAUUGAAAUCAUUGUUCUAAUUCUUUUUAUUACCUGGAGAACACUUUCAACACAAGUUUUUAGUUAUAAAAUCUUGGAGAUGCAGGUGUUUGCAUUUUCUUUUAUUUAUAUUUUAUGGAAUAUUUAACCACCAUUUUUUCCAUUUUAGA